UGAACUUCUCUGCAGCCCGCUCCAUAUUACAGCAUCGCAGCGAGCGCGCGCAGCAGAUCGCAGGCGAAGGGCGAGGCGAGGCUUGGACCGUCCUCAACACUUCUAACCUCAGUGGAAGCUUAUGCAGCAGCAGUCUGUCUGACCUGUCCGUGGACGAGCUAAUCGGCCAUUGCUUGCGUGUAAAACAGAACUAUUAAAACUGCUAAGGACCAGAGCAGAGCUGUGGAUCAGUGCCGAAGAACUGAGCUAUUGACUACAUCAAGUUGACAUCUUUGGUCUACAGUGAUGGAGGGGGAGCCACUUGAAUAUGGCAACUACUCUUAUGAUUUUUUUGAGUAUGGGGACUUUGAAGAGCUGCAAGAAAAGGGCUAUAUCCAGAAGGAGACUCUGCACAUUAUCUCAGUGGUCAUCUACUCCCUAGCAUUUGUGCUUGGAGUCACUGGGAAUGGCAUUGUGAUCUGGGUGACUGCAUUCAAAAGCAAACGGACGAUUAACAGUGUGUGGCUGCAGAACCUGGCCAUAGCAGAUUUUGUGUUUGUUCUUUUUCUACCUAUUUCCAUUGACUACGUGUUGCGUGACUUCAAUUGGAUCUUUGGAUGGAAUAUGUGCAAGUUGAACUCUUUCAUCUGUACAGUCAACAUGUACGCCAGUGUAUUGUUUCUCACUGUGCUCAGUUUGGAUCGUUAUGUCUCCCUGGUUCACCUAGUCUGGUGCCAGAAGCACAGAACAACACGGCGGGCCUGGGGUGUGUGCGCACUGACCUGGGUCAUGUCCAUCCUUUUCAGCAGUCCUGCUUUGAUCUUCCGAGAAACGGUGCAAUUACAUGAAAAGGUUGUAUGCUUUAACAACUUCUAUGACGAGAAUGGGCACAAUGCUGUUGUGAGACACAUCGCUAUGGUGACACUCCGCACUACAGUCGGCUUUCUCCUGCCCUUUGCCACCAUCAGCAUCACAGCUGUACUGCUGGCUAGAAAGAUGAAGCAAUCUGCCAACAUACGUCUCUCCAGCUUCUCCAAAACAAUUUCAGUGAUUAUCCUGGCCUUCUUCCUGUGCUGGGCACCUUUCCACACCUUCAGCCUCAUGGAGCUGACCAUGCACCACUCGCUCUACUUGCACAAAAGCCUGACCGUGGGCUUCCCCCUGGCCACCAGCCUGGCGUUCUUCAACAGCUGCCUCAACCCUAUACUCUAUGUACUGGUCAGUAAGAAUGUACGCAUGAUCCUCAAGAGAUCCUGCAUGAACAUCGCUAAGCAAUCUCUGAGAGGGCUCAACCAAAGCCUUUCUGCCACUGAGUCAGCUUCAGCCCCAGCUAGCUGCGCUCCUGAGGAACUUUUCAUCUGCUCGCGUAUCUGAAGCAGCAUUAGCCAACAAACUCAGCCAGAAGAUGCAACUCAACUUAAGAAGCUUGAUCAUUUGCCAGAUAAUAUGUAUUGCAUGUAUGUAACUUAAAAAUUCUACUAGCAUAUAGUUUCUUUUAUAUUCUCUGCAUAAGGGUUAAUCACUGGGAUUUUUUGUAUUUUGCCUUGGAGCUGGCCAGAGCUACAGUUGCAGUGAUUUGGAUACCAGUGUGUGAUGACUAUAAAUUGCUCAGAGUGGAAAACCUGAGCAAGCAACAUUCAACAUCAACCACAUCUCUCAGAGCGGGUGAAAGGAGAAAGAGAAGGCUUUUCUCUGUGCUAUAUAGUUCCCCAUUAUGGGCUUAUUAUGCAAAAAAGGCACAAUUAAAGCAAACAAGAAACAAUUAUAAUGACUGAAAUCAUUGCAUUCAACCUGUUUGUGAAGAAUGUGUUUAUUCAAAUAAAGAUUUUAUCAAUAUUUA